AUGAAUUAUAGAUCAAAUGCAUUACAAACUACUUCAUGUCAGUUCUCUCAGGCAACCAUGCAAAAUCCUGCUGCUACUUCCUUUUAUUCUGUUUUCCCUUUCCCCCCUCUUCCCUUGCCUAUAGUUAUAAAUAUCAGGGGAGGAAAUAAAAUUACCCUUCUGUUACACCAAUUUGUGGAGCAGCAUCAAACAGAUCUGUAUUUGUAUUGCCGACCCAAUAAACUUCCAAAAUUACACUCUCAAUUUGUGAUGCCCAAGCUUUUAAGGGUGGCAAGGGACAGACAGCAAGUUGAAUCUAUGAUUGGUUGUAGACCUCUAAGCCCAGUUUUUAACAUUCAAAGCUAA